AUGGAUUCCCAGGGCGCCAGCUUCGCCUUUGACGCAUCCAUGGAUUUCAGCACCGCCUUUGCGACGCAACAACAGCACUUUUCGAAGCCAGUAGAGGAUGAAACCUCUGGCUUCUUUGCUGACGAGGGGAUUGAUACCGCAACCUUCAUUGAUCCCACUGUUUUCAACACCCUUCAGGGGCAGACCUACAUGCCACAGAAUCUCGCCAUGGGUAACACCUCGGCGAGUACUUCAGGAUGGGAUACACAGGCUACCCCUCAACUACAACAGCCAUUGAGCACAUUCCCCCCUACGCCAGUCCAGUCCUUUGAUUCAAUUUACCAGCAAGGACUGAGCACCUCGCUCGGUAAGCGCCCGCUGGAGAUGGACCAGUUCGACUUCCCGCAAGCAAAGCGACACGAGUUGGUGCCCAUGCAAGACUUCCCUCUGUUCCCUUCAAUGCCGUCCACAGCCUCAGCAACCUCAAACUGGGGACUUGAUACACAACUCACCCCACCAAUCAGCACAACUGAGUUUGGAUUGUCUGAUGAUGCAGCUGAUGUGUGCGCGACAUGGUUCCACAAGUUCAACGUGUUGCCCAGCGACCGACAUAUCGAGUCUUUGAGCCAGCUUACUGGUGAGUCUGCAGACGCUAUCCGCAGCUGGUUUGGUCGAUUAUUGAAGCAGGGCAUGGGCAGUGCCCAAAACGACUCUGCCUACAAGUCGCAGACUAGCCUUACCCAGCACGAGUCCCUCUGGAACGGCUCUUACUCAGCAGACACUCUCCAGGCGUCUCCGUCACAUCUCUUUGCGCCGCAAACAGAAAGCUCCACAACACCCGAGGCCACAACAACCACAGUCCAACCGGCGACUGCUCUACGGCGCAGCAAAAAGCGAUGUACACCAACCCAGGACCCCCGCUUACUCGGCCGUGAUCCCAACAAGAUCUACCAGUGCACGCGGAAAUGCGGCAAGCGAUAUGGUCGUAAGUGUGACUGGAAGAGGAACGAGGAAGAGGGUUACCCAUGUAAAUCAUGGGUUUGCAGCCUUUGCACCAGCGAAGGCGUCGAGAACGUGAAGCCGUGCUUCAGGAAAUAUCACUUUGUACAGCAUUUCCGCAAUAUUCACCCAGAUGUCAAUGCAGAUGAUCACGAGGAGACGAGCAUUGUCAGCUCGGAGACGGAAUUCCCAAGACAUUGUGGCUUCUGUCCCCAUCGGUUUGUGUCGAGACAAGAUCGAAUUGAUCACAUUGCAGACCACUUUAAGGCAGGCAAGUCCAUGCUUGACUGGCGCGAUGAAGACGACCACGACAAUCACGAUUCUGACAACAACGAUGACGACGAUGACAACGGUUCAAACGGCGAUGGCUUUGACGGUGCGCCAUCCUUCCCGCCCCCACCUUUCGAUCCUAGUGGUGAGCCUGGAUCCAAACACUCUGGCGGCAACGGUAGUAGUGGCGCCGGUUCGCAAGACCCACGCAGCCAAAGCGGGUAUUUCCAAUUCCAGCUCUCACAGCUUGACGCGAGUCAGGACGGAGCAGAGUCACCAAUUAUCGAUCCUCUCACCCAAGAGAAGUCCGUCGUUCCAGUCGAUCAGACUCAGCUCGAGGACAAACAUUCAUCACUUGAUGGCGUUGCGCGAGACUGCUCAAUCCAUGGAAAGCAGAGUUCAACGCCAGAAAGUGGUCAAGAUGCUAUGGCCAGAAAUGUGCUCUCCCAGCCCCUAACGAACCAACCGAAACUUGAACAAGCGCUUGCGACUGAGCCGGCGAACGGCCCCACAGAGCAUCGCCUUAAGGAUAAUAGCCAAGUUGAUGAGGAUCUACUUGAGCCUUAUAGAAAACUCACAAGCUCUGAUGGCGAUGCUAUUAGCCCAAUCGAAGCAACAGUGUUGGCCCCGUCGAAUAUUUACGAUCGCGUUCAAAAGGCAGGCCAUGACCUUGCUUGCUCAUCUUACGCUUCAAGAUCGUCAUCAAGUUCACCUCCAAUGUCACCAGCGUUAUCAAGCCAGAAACCACAGUGCGUUCCGCCGGCCUCAAAGUCCUUCCUGAGUGUCAGAUUGCUCGGUGCUGGGGGCUUCAGUACAGUCGAUGAAGUCGUGCAUCGUGGGACACAUCUCCGUCUCGGACGAAAGACCCUGAAGAACCGUGACGAGGGCGCCGUUGAAGAGUUGAGAAAGGAGAUUAGCGUCUUGCAGAAGCUCCGCCAUCCUCACGUCAUUCGCUUCCUAGACGCCUACUCGAGUGGCGAUAAGAUGUCCAUUUUACUAUCACCUGUUGCCGAGACGACAUUGGCACUAUGGCUAGACCGAACGUUGGUGGAGAAACCUGAAAACCUAAAGGAGACGAUUGUCAACAUGUUUGGCUGUCUCGUGUCUUCAGUGCGGUACCUUCACGAACAGCGGCCCGUUGUUGUACACAUGGACAUCAAGCCCCAGAACAUCCUCAUUGUCAACAGCCACAGCGAACUUCCCCAGGUCGUACUCUGCGACUUUGGUAUCAGUUCUUCGGAAGAUCUCAGGGAUGAGCAUGUCGUGGCAAUGACACGCCGAUACACCGCCCCCGAGGCAUUCGAAGGCUUUGCUCGCAAGCAAGCUGCAGACAUUUUCUCUCUAGGUUGUGUUUUUAUCGAGAUGGCCUCGGUUUCAUUUAGUGGAGAUAAUCCCGAAUGGUUGGAAUUCCGCAAAGACUUCAGUGGACGUACUGGCAAGUACUACUGGCAAGAAGUGCCGGACGUCCAGGCACGACUAACGAGCUUCGUCGAAGGAGCGACGAGUGCGACUGAGGAGACUGUUGCCGAUACGCUCAAAACAAUGCUUAGUCCGGAGCCAUCGGAGCGGCCAGACGCAGCGUCACUGACGAUGAUCUUCGCCCCUGCGCCAUGCUGUCUCGACUGGCCCAACGACAAGGCCGUCUAUCCUGGUCCGCAAGAAGAAGUAGAUUUGGUGAAAGUUCUAGGCCAAGAGGAACACGUCGGUUGUCAUGGGAAAACGUAUACCUGCGACGCGAUUCAAGAAGUCUCGAGCAACAAGAUGUUUGCCGCCGAGGACUGGCUCCAUGAGUGUACGCAUUCACACGAAGCUUGUCGAUAUAUGAGCUCAAGUGAAACAACUGCUCUACCCACACGCCUGGUCGAAAUCCUUUCGGAUGAUCCAAACGACCUACACAUCCGCCUGGCCGACAUGACCUAUAUCGAGCGAUCAGAUCAUCAAAUCGACUACAUGGCUCUGAGUCAUGUGUGGAAUCCCAGUCAGCCAGUACUUGUGAUGGAUGCCCUGGACGAGUGGCAAAAGGAGCUACCCUUGGAUCGACUAGCUGAGGAUGUCAAGGUAGCAAUUGCUACCACGCGCCGUCUAGGAUAUCGAUACAUGUGGGCCGACUCCCUAUGCGUCAUCCAAGAUUCCAUCUUCGACAAACAACAAGAAUGCACGAACAUGGCCUCCGUCUUCCGCAAUGCCGCUCUAACACUUGUACUGGAUCAACUCGCGCCACCCGACACACUCGAACCACACAGUACAAAUGCUCCCAGCACCUGUUCUCCAACUCAUACAAAGCGCAUCCAUCCUAGCAAACCUCACCCUGCACCCUCCCUCGCCCUCCCCGCCAUCGCGUUCCACACCCCCGGCUUCGCCUGGGACACACGCGCCUGGGUCCUCCAAGAACGCCUGCUAAGCCGCCGCUUCCUACACCUCGGAAAGCAGCUGUACUGGGAGUGCAACUCGCUCAAAGCCUCCGAGACGUUUCCGCGCGGCCUAGCGCCCCUUGUCUGGGAAAAGGUGCAUAGCCAACGCAACGACUGCAUUGCUAUCCCGCUCCCACGUGUGGAACUCCGCGCCGACACGGCGUCGGACAAGCCUACUGCUUUAUAUAUCCAUAGACUGCCCUCGCCCAUUUCGGCCUCACGUCGUCGGGGCCAACACACACAGCAGAUCCGCACACAGGACGACACUGCCGCUGAUAUCGUGGAAGAUGCGCAGCGUCUGCGACGCUACCAAGCGCGAUAUCGACGAUCUGUUCAAUCGACAUGGCGAGGACUUCCCACACCCUGCUCACACGCAGACACUAUCGUCGAAGCAUGUAAACACGCACUGGCCUGCAGACCUCACGAUCCCCAAGCCGCCUUGCCUGGCACCCAAUGUACAGCUGUGAACCACAACCCACAGCACCUCGUUACACAGCAGCUUGUUCCUUUGCAAGAUCCACCCGAGACUCGAGCGCCGUGUGCAAAGGUCGGUAUAUCGAGUCUUCUGGACGGCCCCCAUGGCGAACAGAUGCACGAGAAGGAACAAGUUCAUGCAGAACAUGUCCGGGGGGUGUGUGUGCGAGACGACGAGGGUAGUUGUAUCAAGGCUAGGACGCAAGAUGGAGUAGGUAUGCAAAUGUAG